GUGGUGCGCGUUACGGACGGGCUGGCUGUGAAGUUUGGACAUUUUGUUACCAUUCAAGAAUUUAGGAACCAACAGGUUGCACAGAGGCUCCUUAACGCAGACAUAGUCAAUGUGCCAACAGCUUAUCGGUUCGUGCAGAAAGAGGAGAUUGGGUAUAUCGUGAUGGACUAUGUGGAUGGCAAUACGCUUGACCUGAUGAGCGCGAAAAACUUAGCUGAGGAGCUGGGCAAGGUCUUAGGUCAUAUCCAUCAGCAGGGAGCGACGAAGCCGGGAUCACUUGGAGGCGGGCCAGUAUCUGGUGUGCUCUGGCCUGAACAUGAAGAGGUGGAGUUUUCGGAGCCUGAUGACCUCCAACUUUGGCUCAAUCUACGUUCACCUAGCCCAGUGCACACGCUUAAUCUUCGUCGCCAUACCCUAUCUAUGUGCCAUCUGGAUUUUAAUCCACGAAAUAUUAUAGUUAAUGGCAAUUGUAUCCAUCUCGUCGACUGGUCCGCUGCCGGGUAUUUCCCUCGGUUCUUCGAGCAUAUAGUGUACCGGUUCUUC